GUUGAAUUCAUUCUGCUGCCGAUUUUCACAUUCCUAGCAAGCACAAAGGGCAGCUGUUUGACUGGAGCAUUCUUUUUCACUCCUGCAAAAGGCGUGGUCGAUAACCACGCCCUUUAUGGUCACAUGAUUGCUAACCUCACUGCUCUAGAGCCAAUAGAUUGUUUUAGAGCAUGUCGGCUGGACUGUCGGUGUAUCUCGUUCAACUUUAAACAGAGGGAGAACAGGUGCCAAUUGAACGAUGAAAACAGACACACAAACUCCAGUGCUUUAGGAUUCGCUGAGGGUUGGCAAUACUACGAUAUGGUCAUGGACUACAACAUCAGGGUAAGGAAUCAGUAAGUUACUACUAAGACAACCCUUCUUAGUCUGAAAUUAAUUUAUGGUAAAUACAAGAGAUCCAUCGAAACGAACUCGACAUGGACUAGUGAAACUUAAAGCUAAAUCACGGUUCAUUCAUCCUGAGAAAUUUAGCCCCAAUAUUUUUGUUGUUGUUGUUUAACCCAUAUUCGCUUUGAUGCAUUUAUAAAACUUCCUUACCAUAAAUGUGCGAAUAAGAAAAUAAUGACUCGAAAUAUCUCGGUGAAGUUUCCAUAAGACCUCUCUUUGUGACACGCCGUUUUUACAUUAUCUUCCACCGGAAAACAACUUGCAGUCGUCAGCUCUGUUUUUCUCCCGAACAAUAGAGAAUUGAAAGGAACGCCAGAAGCAGACUAGAACGGUCAAUCUCCGUACUAAUUAUUGGCUAUAUUUACAUUUAAUGCCGCUCCGAAGCGCAGGUUGUGACCUCAGGCUAUUUCUGAAGUUUGCUGCGGCGGUUCCCCGAUCUGAGUUGAGACUUGAAUAUGAUUAGACUGAAAGGACGUACUCUCAGAGAAGGCAAAAUUACAUUUUAAAAUGUAAAAAUACUUGAUCACUAUGUUUUGUAUCUAUUCCUACUCAUUGGGUCUGAGAAUUUUCAGUUGUUUUUUUAAUUUCAGUCUACUGGUCCCUUCGUUGACUGUCAGAACAGCUGCUGCGAAAACAAUCCUUGCCUUAAUGGAGGAACGUGUGACGUCCUCGGGAAACGUUUCAAGUGUGAAUGCGGUCCGCAUGCUACGGGGAAACACUGUGAAACUGGUAAUAAUGCAAAGCAUCAGACCCAUCAGGAGCAGGGGCGGAUCUAGGGGGAGGGUGCAGGGGGUGCGCACCCCCCCCCCCUCCGAGAGGACCUGCGGUUUUCUAAUACAACUGUUAUUCUGUAAAAAAAAAAAAAAACUAGGGGGUUUAUUGGGGUUGAAGAAGAGCAAAAGACGAGGGCACCCCCUCCUAAAAAAAAUCCUAAACCCGCCCCUGGGGAGGGAGGGGGGGGAUGAAUUGGCAAAUUGGAAUUUGUAUUUCAUGUCGACGUCAAAAUUAAAAAAGAAAACAACCCUUGCCUUAAGGGAGGAAGUGGGGGCGUCCUCGGGAAACGUUUCAAGGGGGAAUUGGGUCCGCGGGGUAAGGGGAAAAAGUUGGAAACGGGGAAAAAUGGAAAGCAACAAACCCAUCAGGGGCGGGGGGGGGUUUGGGGGGGGGGUGCGGGGGGUGCGCCCCCCCCCCCCCUCCGAGAGGACCUGCGGUUUUCUAAUACAACUGUUAUUCAGUAAAAAAAAAAAAAACUAUGUGGUUUAUUGGUGUUGAAGUAGAGCAAGAGACGAGUGCACCCCCUCCUAAAAAAACUCCUAGAUCCGCCCCUGAGGAGUGCAGGGGGAGAUGAAUUGGCACAUUGGAGCUUGAUAUUCAUGUCGACUUCAAAGAUUAAAAAGAAAGUGAUGCGAGAUCAAAUAAUUUGUUUGUCUGGAUCCUCCUUGAAGAUUUUCUCUAAUCUUUAGUGAGAUAGUGACAGGUUUAUCUUUGAACACAGCGCGAUCGCAGCCUAUCUUGAUCAAAUCCUGCUUGCUUAAAAGGUGUGUGCAAACCUUUUCAAUGGAAGGAAUAGCACGGCCUCUUUCAUCCAGGCUUGGUGCCUAUGUAUUCAUGCGUUUACUUUCAUGGUGGAAAGCCAUUGCGGCCACGUAAGUACUUAGAUAGCGCGAAACCAGUACUGAGACAGUAACGUAUUUCGAAAGGUCAAAUCACUUCAUGAUUUCCAGCUUUAGUGAUUAGGGUUUCCCAUAUUUCUUUUUGUGUACUUCUACAGUUUUAAGGGGUUAUUUUGAGAUAAUUCUUCUCAACGACUUAAGUUAAAAAGGCCUUCCUAACGUUCGACACAUUGUCGGUUUCUAAAAGAAAAAUUUGAAUUUAAAAAAAAACGUCUUUCUGAGCUUCAAAAAAAUUCAGAACCAAAAGCAUGAUUUUCUUGAUUUUCUAAUCACGGUGUCUUUUAUGAUUUUUUUAAAUUUUCUACAGCAAUAUGCUCCACUCCGGACUGGCUUCGCUUAAACAACUCUUGUUUCAAACUAAUCACAGUAAAGAUUCCCUGGCUUCAAGCACAAACGUAUUGUGCUGGGAUGAACAGUAACUUGACCUCAAUUCACAGUGUUGAGGAGAACAACUUUGUGCGUCAGGUUGUGUCAGCUGGUUCGUCAUAUAUGUGGAUUGGACUAUCCCGCAAGAUAGACAGCCAUGAUGACAGCUUUCACUGGGUUGAUGGCUCUGAUCUUUCAUUCACAAAUUGGGCAAGUGGUGAACCAAGCAGCAUUCAUGAAAACUGCACUGAAUUUGUCAUGAGAACGGGUGGGAAAUGGAACGACCUUCGCUGCACCGUGCACAAGUCAUUCAUUUGCGGCAAGAAAUUGAAUCCUUAA